AUGAGAAGAGAAGAAGGAGAUGGAUUCCUUACCAAGAACGCAUCUGUCGGGUUUGGGUUGGGAGCUAGGUUUGGUCGUGUGAGACGACUUUGUGUUGUGUGGAUAAGAACGACCCUCUUCUCUCUCAUACAUACUCUUCCUUUCCCCAUCUCUCUCCCUCUCUCAAGCAAACAUCUUCUACCGCCUCCAAUUCCUACAAGAACCCAUUCCCUCCCACACCGCCCCAAAAUCUCACUCUCCCCCUUCACACCCACCUCUUCCUUCUUUCUCUUCUUCAAAAUAACACACUCUCCCCCACUUCCUCAAAUUCACAACACCACACAUAACCUUUCUCCCAACACUCCUUUCAAGCUGGCGUUCCAAAACCAAGGCACCACUGUCCGAGAAAUCAAGCCCAAGAACCGCAGAAUCAUGGUAAGACAAUCAACCACUUUCACUCAACUUCUUCUUUCAUGCACCGGUUCUGGAGGACCUGAUGACGAGGACAACCGGUGGCCACCGUGGCUGAAGCCUCUGCUCAAAGAGAGCUUCUUUGUUCAAUGUAAGUUGCAUGCUGACUCGCACAAGAGCGAGUGCAACAUGUACUGUUUGGAUUGUAUGAACGGCGCUCUCUGCUCCCUCUGCCUCGCUUACCACAAAGAUCACCGUGCUAUUCAGAUAAGGAGGUCCUCAUACCAUGAUGUGAUUAGGGUGAACGAGAUUCAGAAGGUGUUGGACAUUACAGGAGUCCAAACCUACAUUAUCAACAGCGCAAGGGUUGUUUUUUUGAAUGAAAGGCCUCAGCCAAGGCCUGGUAAAGGAGUCACCAACACUUGUGAAGUCUGUGAGCGCAGCCUUCUUGAUUCAUACAGAUUCUGUUCUCUUGGUUGCAAGAUUGUGGGGACUUCAAGGAAGUUGGAGAAGAAGAAAAAGUCAGCAACAAUGGCAUCAGACUCGGAGGAUUCAUACAGCAGCAACGGCAGCCAUGGGAAGAACAACAGCAACAAGGUGCAGAGUUUCACACCGUCCACACCGCCACCAACUUCCGUUAAUUACAGAACGGCCAAGAGAAGAAAGGGAAUACCGCACCGUGCCCCGAUGGGAGGACUAGUCAUAGAAUACUAG